AUGCAUGCUGCAAUGCAACAGCCUCCUGUCCCACUCCGGUCCGGCCCAUCCCAGUCCAGACGGGUGAUAGCUCUCUCCUCUCCAGCUGGUGUCGAUGCAUUUGACAUCAAGUGGGCACCGCAAUGGGGAAAUGCCGCAAUGGGUGACCCUUCGAGGAGACGCCUUGCAGCCCGCAUCCCCUCCGAAGGAGGGAGGGAGAGAAAGAGAUAUAGAGGGAUAAGGCAGUGUUCAACCUUCAAAAAUAGGCCUUUCCCUGUUCUCAGGACAGGAGAGGCAACGAAGGAUAGAUACGCCAGGACCAGGCAUGAGGGCGACAGACAAGUGUUACUGACUUUCCAAGAGCCAUUGUUGCCGGUCAUUGGGCCAGAAGCUGGGCCCCCGUUUGCGGAACCGAACAAAAACGCCAGAAAAGCCGCUGGAAUCGGAUCCUCUCCUUUUUCGCCCAUUUUCCCACUCUUUCCUUUCUCCGACAUCAUCCCAUCAUCAUCUGCCUCUUACUUGCGCCGCUUGAUAUCCUCCUCCUCCUCCACCACCCCCUUCUUCUUCGCUGUCGCUCCCUCGUCGCAUUUCCCCGGACUUACUCGAAAUCAAAGCGCUUGCUAUCAUCAUUUCAUUCACUUAAUUUCUUUCACCCGGUCUCUUGUUCUUCUCCUCCAAACCUCUUCCGGCGCAAACCUGCAUUCUUCGCGGGUACCUCUUGAUCCGCGCACAAACACUCCGGCAUUGACUGCCUCACUCCACCAACCAAACAACCACCACCACCACACUACCACCACACCUCCUCAACCACUCCAAGUCAUCAUCAUUCCUUUGUUAUUUCAUAUGUCGCUCAUCCCUGGGCAGUACCCAUCACCUUCGCGCAAGAUGUUACUCCCUUCUGCGCUUCCUAGCGACAUGCCACAACAGUCGACUCAGUCGCAUCUCGCGCCCAACCUGCUACUCAACACACCACCCCCAACCGAAGAUGACCUCCUCCUAUCAGGCAAUGGUCUAUUGGGAACCAGUCGCGCCCUCCAAUCUCUUCUCAACAUCUCUCCUGCUUCGAUCCCCCGCCGCAAGACUCCUCCGCGUCUUCUAAGUCCCCUUCAGCUACGAUCCCCUCCUCCCUCUCGGUCGCAGAAACGAGUGGCCCAGAAAGACUUGGACAAUCUCACACGCUCCUCCCCAUCACCUUGCGCUCCCUCCAGACUUACGCGUGGCGCGAACAAGCGCAACCGAUCUGCUUACGAAUUAGACCUCGACUCAGACCCUGAGGAUCGCGAACCCGCGCUCUCCAACGGAACUAAAUCGCGCGACCGUUUCUCCACUCCCAAGCGUCGCAGACAAAUUCCCAAUGAUUUACCACUUGGCCUUACUCGGGAAGACUUCUACUCGCUUUAUUCACCCCCGAUUACACAGUCGCCUCUAUCGCCGGCACAUCAAUCACAGGAAGAUCCGAGCGCAAGGGAAAUAAACACUUCGGGAAUUUCACUGUACAAUCCUGACGCGCCGCUGCCGUCCAUCGAAGCAAAUGAUGAGACCAUAGCGUCCGUGUCAUACGAAUUAUCGCCGAUCGAUCCGUCGCCUUCUUGGAUCGCAGAGGACGAUCAGCGGCUCGUAAAAUUGGUCCUCGAAAGGUAUCAGUUCUCCGAACAGGUCUUGGACGACUGCGCCAGAGAAUUGGGCAGGAACCACGAGUCCAUCAGACGCAGAUGGCAAACUCUCCUGGGUCAGGGGGAGAUAGGCUUGCGACAAGGAGCUAAACCAGACUUGAUGGGGAUUUAA